GAGCCACGAAGCCCGUGCCACUCCGUGUCGUUCUUCGAGGAUGUGAGCCGCUUGGACGAUGCGACGUCCGUGUCGUCUGAGGCGACCCUACACCCGUCGACCCCGAGGCGCCGGGGCUCGCAUCUCGUUCCAGGAGGAUACACGGGAGGAGAGUACACGGAGGCGGAGGAGGAGGAGGACUACUCCGCGAUCUGGUCGCAGCGGAGGAGGAUGAGCGGGAGCUCUAAGAAGAGGCGGGAGAAACGGCGCCCGUCCUCCCCCUUCCCGUCCUCCGUCUUCUCCGGCAGCUCCCCGUCGGUUCCGAGACUCCUCUCGUCCCUCGCGCGACCCCCUUCCCCCCCCCCCGUGACACCUCUCGUCCGUUGCAGGAGGGCGUCGCUGGAGCCGGAGGCGGGCCCGAGCGAGGAGGAGACCCUGGCGCUCCACCGGGAAGUCCUGAGGGAGGUCCGCUACCAGCCGCUCAGCGCGAGCAAGAAGGUGCGGCUGGUCCGUAGGGCCAAGGACUACAUCCGGCGUCACGAGGGGGCCAUCGAGGAGAGGCUCGCCACGUCCAAUCGCACCUGGGACGUCCUCAUGCGGUGGAGGCUGCUCUUCUUUCGGGUAAACGGGAAGGAGACUUGGUUGGCGUGCGUCUAA